AUGGCGAGGCUUGAACAGCUAGAAGUUGACAAUAGAGGCGUCCUACAGCGUGCUCGAACAGCGACAGACUGGGAUGGACCAAAUGAUCCUGACAACCCUCGGAACUUUUCCCUGCGCCGCCGCAUAUCCUCGACAUUGGCAGUCACCUUUCUUGCAUUUGUGAGCACACUGGCUGCCUCAGUCUACAGUCCAGCGCAUGAGGACGUCUCGAGGCGAUUUGGUGUGUCGGAAGAAGUCGCAAUCCUUCCACUAUCGCUGUACAAUUUUGGUCUGGCCUUUGGACCUCCCAUUGGAGCCCCUUUGAGCGAGACGUUUGGUCGCAAGGCAGUUUUCUUGACUACCACCCCGAUAUUCGCUUUUUUUACCCUGGGGGCGGGCUUUUCCCAGGGACCUGCAUCAUUGACUGUUUGCAGAUUCUUUGCUGGGGUGUUUGCCUCCCCGGCUAUUAGCAAUGCCUCCGCAACGAUCGUCGACUAUACCGCCGGACGUUAUAGAGCUGUCUCACUAGCAUUCUACUAUUCUAUACCGUUCUUCGGUGCGGUAUUCGGGCCUCUCCUUGGAGGGUUUGUUGUCGAGACCAGGGACUGGCGCUGGACGCAAUGGGUCACACUCUUCUUCAUCGUCACGUUUUACAUCCCGAUAAUAUUCACCAAAGAAACCUACAAGAAGACCAUCCUCCAACGGCGAGCGAAAAGGCUCGAUAUCCAAGGCCCACCUCAACAACGCCGAUCAAUCCUUGCGUCUAUCAAAUACUUCUUGACAACCUUGUUUCUUCGCCCACUCCAUAUGCUGGUAACCGAGCCAAUUGUCACCAUUGUCUGCCUAUAUAACGGCUUUCUCUUCGGCUUGAUGUACACCUUCGUCGUUGCUUCGCCCUGGGUUUUCCAGCGCUACUACGACUUUAUGCUGACAGGCCAGUCCUUGUCAUUUCUUGGCUUGAUGGCUGGUACUGCUCUGGCGCCGUGCCCACUCAUCUUGAUCGACAUGUACAUCUACCAACCACGCUUGAAACAAUUUCGCACUGUAAAUUCGGAGGCUGAUGACCGUUUCCCUCCUGAGCAUCGACUUUAUCCAAGCAUGAUCGCAUCCUUCAUUCUCCCUGUCUGUUUAUUGAUAUUCGCAUGGACAGCACAUUCUGAAGUCCAUUGGAUUGUGCCGAUCAUGUUCCAGGGAAUGGCAUUCACCGCCACUGUGAUGGUGUAUGCAUCUAUGAACUUGUUCAUGGUCGAUGCCUAUGGGCCUCUCUACGGCGCGUCGGCUGCCGGUGCUGCUAUGCUAUCGAGAUAUGGCCUGUCAGCGGCAUUUCCCCUCUUUGCCCUGAAGUUCUACAAGGCACUCGGCGUUGGAUGGGCAACUACAAUCCUGGCGUUUUGCACCUUGUUAAUGGCGCCGAUGCCUUGGAUGUUUUGGCGCCAUGGGGAGUUGUUGAGGUCAAAAACGAAAUAUGAAACAAGCACAUGA